UACUGGGAUGUUUGCUGAAAUUGAUAGGAUGCCCUACCUAGAACAUUUUCCACCAGCCGCCACUGGUCAAAAUAGAUUAUGACCAAAAAUACUUUGAUUUAAAAUAUGUAUCACUUGGAGACGACAGCUCUCCCCGGUGCUGGCUGGCUCUCGCCGGGCACACUACCUCCAUGUGCACCACAAACCGGCUCCCGUAGGUGGGUCUUGUAAAGGUCCAGGGUGAAGGUGGUUUGUGGAUCCGGCUGUAAGCUUUACAACACCCCUCAGCCAGACCUCGCUGCUUCCCGGGACUGUGGAUUUGGUGACUGCCCUCAGUGCAAGGGGUCCUGUGCAGCCCUACAAAUGAUGAUGCGAGCUGUAUGUGCGGCUGCCAUUGAGUUCCACUUUGUCAUACUGUUGUCCUAUAGGUGGUGGUAGCCACAGUGGCGUUUGGUAUGGGCAUCGACAAGCCUGACGUCAGGUUUGUCAUCCACCACACCAUCAGUAAGUCCAUCGAGAACUACUAUCAAGAGAGUGGACGCGCAGGUCGAGACGACGGUCAAGCAGACUGCAUCCUCUACUUUGGCUUCUCUGACAUCUUCAGGAUCAGCACCAUGGUGGUGAUGGAGAACGUUGGUCAGCAGAAGCUGCUGCAGAUAGUGGACUACUGCCAGAAUGUGGACAGGUGUCGGCGCUCUCUCAUGGCUGUUCAUUUUGACGAGGUGUGGGACGAUGAAGGAUGCAACCAGAUGUGUGAUACUUGCCGCCAUGCACAAGACUACAUCACCGUGGACAUUACCCAGCAUGCCAAGCAGGUGGUGCAAAUUGUGGAGGUGUCGGCGUCGGUGGAUGAGAAGCUGACUCCUCUGAAGCUGGUGGAUGCGUGGAUGGGCAAAGGCCCAGCCAAGCGCAGGAAGAUGAUCCAGACCACCAGCCUGAGUCGGCUGCAGGCUGAAGCUGUGGUUGUGAUGCUGCUGCUGCAGGGAUACCUCAGAGAGGAUUUCAGCUUCACUCCGUACACCACCUACUUCUACAUGAAGCUGGGCCGCAAAGCUCCUCUGCUGAAGAGCCAGACUCACACGCUCAGCAUGAAGAUGAGGUCAUCAGUGGCGGGGCCUGCUGUGAGAUCCCUGGAGGACACGUCAGCCGAGGAGGAGCUUGAUAUGACCUUUGACCCCAUUGUCAUGGACCACGGCUGUCCCCCACAACCCAAACAGAAAGUAUUCAAAGAGCAGAGGAACCAGUCCAGGAGACAGAAGCAGCUGACAGACCGACCUGGAGAGGAGGAGGAGAACCACGGGGGCUCCAUCACGCCUCACCAUGGCAUCGAGGUGGACGUUGAAAUAAACAUUAUAGAUAACAGUGAUGGUGUGAAAACACCAUCACAUCCAGUUAAACCUUGUUCCAAACGCAAAGCCACCACCCCUCAGAGAGUGAGGAGGAAACCCCGUACGGACAUAGCAGCAGCAGCAGCAGCAGCAGCAGCAGCAGCAGCAGCAGCAGCAGCUGUUCCCUGUCCCGGCCCAGCCACCAACACGGUGCCCAGCUCUCCAUCCCACGCCUCCAUCAUCUCUGAGACUGCAGCCGAAGAGCUCUGUGACCUGAGGAACUACUACAGCAAACAGCUGAAGAGAAUCAACCACGUUUCCCAUGAGUACCUGGGGCAGCCCUCUGAGCCAGGGGUGCUGGCAUGUAUCAGGGAGCCUCUGAGGAGCCUCCGUCUGCCCCGCAGGGGGACCAUAGCCCAGACGGCUCGCAGCCUGUGGACCCGAGUGAGUGGCAGGAGGAAGCUGGUUCACCGCUGACGGCACAGUUCCAAGUUCCAUUCAAUGCACAUACUGUAGGUGUACAGACCGCAGCAGGGACGACGUGUCGCCCUGGUAAUCUCCAUACAAGGCCAAUGGGAUUCUUCUACACAAGAGAAUCUGUGUGGAAACACUUUAUGACUCCUACUCAUUUAGUUCAGUGAAAUAAUCUUCUCAAAUCAACACCACUUCACCUAAAGUGUUCUCUGAUGAUGUUUAGUCGUCUCAUUUAGACUAAAAUCACCAGAGGAGCAUUUACUGACUUAUUUUAUAUCCGAGAACUAAACGUUUAAAUCUCUUCAGCUUGUGGUAAACAGACAUCCAAGCAGAGGCACACGAGGGAACAGGACUCAUUCCUGCAGCUUUCUGCUGUGAAACAUGAACGUCUUCUCUUCUACUGGGACCACAGAGGCUCUUUCUGCUGUCAGUCACAGUGAAGGCUUUAGAGCCACCUGGUGGUGUUCUCCACAGAGACACACUCCGCCCCCUCUUUGCCUUCUCUACACUUCUUCACUCGUGAGUCUUACUGUCUGAAACAAUACUGUCUGUCUCUCCUCUCUCUGACACUCCGCUUCCCUUCACCUUCUAUGUGGACUAUCAACACGUUGUACAAACAAGUUGUGCUGAAGCUGACCCUGACCCAGAGAAACAAACAGACUCAAUGGAUCUGUAUUGAUUGAGCUUCUGUCAGUUUAUUAUUCUGCUGUAUGUUAGUUUCAUAGCUCCAUGCAUGAGACCUGCUUCAUGUGUGGACCAUCACAUCUCAGUUUGAUGAGCUCUUCAUGUUAUUAAAUUUCAUUUCUAACA